AUGGCAGCGACCCUGGCCCGCGCCUCCUUCUCUGCCGCCCUCCGAUCCCUUGCCAGCAGAACUGAAUCUGAGCUCAGUGCCGGCCAUCCGGAGAGAGCUGUGAACAUCCCCUACCUGUUCAGAGCCGGCUCAGGAACAACGAAGAACAUGUGCUUCCUCGAGCAAGUGGCGAGUAUCUUUGGGAAGGACGAUGGGAUCAUCGUUGGUUGUCAGAGUGGCAGGAGAUCUCUCAUGGCAGCAUCUGAGCUCAGCUCUCCU